CCUGCAAAAGCCUUCCGCGUCUUUUUUUGCAAGCAUUGCAUGCGCACGUUUACGCGUAUUUUUUUGCAAAAGAAAUCUGCAUUCGGUGAAUAUUUUGUGAUACUCACGUUGCCCUAACUCAGGUGGCGUUUACUGUCAGGAAGUCAUGUCCAGAUCGGGUGACAGAACAUCCACGUUUGAUCCGACACACAGCGACACCCUGCUGCACGGCCUCAACCUCUUAUGGAGGAAACAGCUGUUCUGCGAUGUGACUCUCACUGCCCAGGGACAGCAGUUCCACUGCCACAAAGCGGUGCUGGCGUCCUGCUCCCAGUACUUCAGGUCCCUCUUCUCCUCUCACAACGUCAUCCACAGCAACAACAAGGACGGCGGUGGCGGCGGAGGCAAAGGGGACCGGGCCAGUAGCGGCACGCCUUCGUCCUCCCCGGAUGACAAGAUGGGGGCCCCUGGCGGCGGCGGCGGCGGCGGCUGCGGGGCCCGGCCCAUCAACAACCUGGUGCUGCAGGGCUGCUCCUCCAUCGGGCUGCGGCUGGUGCUGGAGUACCUGUACACGGCCAACGUCACGCUCUCCCUGGACACGGUGGAGGAGGUGCUGUCCGUCAGCAAGAUCCUCAACGUGCCGCAGAUCACCAAGCUCAGCGUGCAGUUCCUCAACGACCAGAUCUCCGUGCAGAACUACAAGCAGAUCUGCAAGAUCGCCGCGCUGCACGGCCUGGACGAGACCAAGAAGCUGGCCAACAAGUACCUGGUGGAGGACGUGCUGCUGCUGGACCUGGCGGAGAUGUGCGCCAUGCUGGACGCCCUCCCGCCCCCCGUGGAGUCGGAGCUGGCCCUGUUCCAGAUGUCGGUGCUGUGGCUGGAGCACGAGCGCGAGAGCCGCCUGCACCACGCGCCCGACCUCAUGAAGCGGCUGCGCUUCGCCCUCAUCCCCGCCGCGGAGCUGGUGGAGCGCGUGCAGUCGGUGGACUUCAUGCGCAGCGACCCCACGUGCCAGAAGCUGCUCCUGGACGCCAUGAACUACCACCUGAUGCCCUUCAGGCAGCACUUCAGACAGUCGCUGGCCAGCAGGAUCCGCUCCAACAAGAGGAUGCUGCUGCUGGCGGGGGGACUGCCCCCGGGGCCCGACCGCCUCCCCAGUAACCUGGUCCAGUACUACGACGACGAGAAGAAGACCUGGAAGAUCCUCACAAUCAUGCCUUACAACAGCGCCCACCAUUGCGUGGUGGAGGUGGAGAACUUCCUGCUGCUGAUGGGUGGAGAGGACCAAUGGAACCCCAACGGAAAACACAGCACCAACUUCGUGAGCCGCUACGACCCGAGGUUCAACAGCUGGAUCCAACUGCCCCCCAUGCAGGAGAGGAGAGCCAGCUUCUUCGCCUGCCGCCUGGAGAAGCACCUGUACGUGAUCGGCGGGAGGAACGAGACGGGCUACCUCUCCAGCGUGGAGUCGUACAACCUGGAGACCAACGAGUGGGUGUACGUGUCCUCGCUGCCCCAGCCGCUGGCCGCGCACGCCGGCGCCGUACACAACGGGAAGAUCUACAUCUCAGGCGGCGUUCACAAUGGAGAGUACGUGUCCUGGCUCUACUGCUACGACCCCGUAAUGGACGUGUGGGCUCGGAAACAGGAUAUGAACACAAAACGCGCCAUUCACACCCUGGCUGGGAUGAAUGACCGCCUGUACGCCAUCGGAGGGAACCAUCUGAAAGGCUUCUCCCACCUGGACGUGAUGCUGGUGGAGUGCUACGACCCCAAGGCCGACCAGUGGAACAUCCUGCAGACGCCCAUCCUGGAGGGACGCAGCGGGCCGGGCUGUGCCAUCCUGGACGACAGCAUCUUCCUGGUGGGGGGCUACAGCUGGAGCAUGGGUGCCUACAAGUCGUCCACCAUCUGCUACAGCCCAGAGAAAGCCACAUGGACAGAGUUGGAGGGAGAGGUGGCCGAGCCUUUAGCAGGCCCGGCCUGCUCUACAGUCAUCCUGCCCGCAUGCCUUCCCUUUAACAAAUGACAACUAACCCGCUGGACCGAAGGUGACGCAGGGGAAGAGACAGGCUACUGGGGGGAGGAGAUGGAGGAGGAGGAGGAGGAGGAGGAAGA